GUUGCGAAAAUGGCUUCCCUCCCUCUCGCCUCUUCUCCUUUAGCCCCGCCUGAAUUCUUGGAGCGGUUGCUAGGAGACGAGGAGACGCUACGCCAAUCGGCGGGAUUUGCUGCCCGGCUGGGAGAAGCGAAGGGAGCACCAUGGAGAUAGUCUAUGUUUAUGUGAAGAAGCGCAGUGAGUUUGGGCGACAAUGCAACUUUUCAGACCGGAUGGCGGAGGUCAAUGUGGACAUUCAACCAGAUCCAGUUCAAGCUAUGAAUUUUAUUGAAAGAGAUCCCAUUGACACUGGAAUUCAGUGUGCCAGUGACAUGUCAGAGCAUGAGGUUAACACAGAAAGGUUUGAAAUGGAAACUCGAGGCAUUAAUCAUUUGGAAGGUGGGUGGCCAAAAGAUGUCAACCCACUGGAAAUGGAGCAGACCAUUCGUUUCCGGAAGAAAGUUGAGAAGGAUGAAAAUUACAUCAAUGUCAUUACGCAGCUUGGCAGUUUGAUGGAUCAUUGCAUCAAACAGAAUAACGCCAUCAACAUUUACGAGGAAUACUUCGAGGAAGAGGAGAUGCCAGGAGUUAGCGAUGAAGCUCCAUCCGCAAAAACAAUCAAUGUUUUCAGGGAUCCAAACCUCAUCAAAAGAACAGCCACACAUCUCUCCUGGCACCCUGACAGAAGCCGAAAACUGGCAGUAUCUUAUUCUAGCUUGGAGUUUCAACGGAGUUCAAAAGACAUGAGCUUUGACUCAUACAUCUGGGAUCUGGAAAUCCCUAACAAACCAGAAAUGGUUAUCCGGCCCACCUCACCUCUUGUUUGCUUAGAAUACAACCCCAAGGAUUCCCAUAUCUUGAUUGGGGGAUGCUACAAUGGACAGAUUGCUUACUGGGACACCCGUAAAGGAGGACUGCCAGUGGAAUUGACAACUGUGGAGCUUGGCCAUCGUGAUCCAGUGUACAGCGCGAUCUGGCUGCAGUCAAAAACUGGAACCGAUUGCUUCUCUGGUUCCACUGAUGGACAGGUCUUGUGGUGGGACAUUCGUAAGCUAUCAGAGCCCACAGAAUCACUGGUAAUGGAUGUCACCAGGAAAGGAAUCUUGGAAAAUGCAUUAGGAGCCAUUUCCCUGGAAUUUGAACCAACUAUGCCAACCAAGUUCAUGGUGGGAACAGAGCAAGGCAUGGUGAUUUCUUGCAACCGUAAAGCCAAGACACCUGCUGAAAAAAUUGUCUGCACAUUCAGUGGGCACCAUGGACCCAUCUAUUCCCUUUCUAGGAAUCCUUUCUACCCCAAGAAUUUUUUGACAGUAGGGGACUGGACUGCACGCAUCUGGUCAGAAGAGAGCAGAGAAUCCUCAAUCAUGUGGACUAAAUAUCAUAUGGCUUACAUCACAGAUGGAUGCUGGAGCACCACUCGGCCAGCUGUCUUCUUCACCACCAAAAUGGAUGGGACUCUUGAUGUCUGGGACUUCCUGUUCAAACAGAAUGACCCCACGCUCAACUUGAAGGUCUGUGAUGACCCUCUCUUCAGCCUACGCUUACAGGAUAAUGGACGUUUCAUUGGCUGUGGCUCCAAGCUGGGCACUGUGACACUACUGGAAUUCUCCUCUGGCCUCUGCACUUUGCAACGGAAUGAGAAGAACUUGGCCUCCGCAAUGUUUGAGCGAGAGACUAAGCGGGAGAAGAUUCUGGAGGCGCGGCACCGUGAAAUGCGUCUAAAGGAAAAGACAAAGGCUGAAGGAAAGGAAGAAGACACCAAAGAAGAGGUGAUGGAUGAGAAACCCACGGAGACCCUCGAACGCAUACAGAAGGAGUUCUUUGACAUAAUUGAAGGAGAGCUGAAGCGCAGGGAGCGAGCACGGGCCAAGUUGAAGACUUUUACAGGCCAGGACCAAGAAGGUGAAGAUGUUGAGGAAGAACUAUUCCUUCCAAAGGAGGAGGAGGAGGAGGAUGAAGAGGAGGAGAAGAAAGAGGAAGAAGAGGAGGAGGAAUGAUUCCUGGAGUUGGUGUAUAGAAUUUACUUUCCUUUUGUAUGUUGUUCCCUAUUUUUUUUUUUUACACAAGAGACGAUAUUAAUAAAUGCAAGAGCAUUUAGGCCUUUAUUGUCUGCUCCAUUUUAAUCAGAACCAGUGUCCAACUGAGCAUCUGAGUGUCUUUGCCAUGGGAACUCACAAAAAUCCUCAAUGUCAGAGGGAUAAAAAUAAUAUGAGAUUACCUGUGAUCGUUGGUUUGGAUUAUGACACUUGACAGGGAACCACCAGAGGAAUUUCAGCAUACAACACUAUUAAAUAUGACAUGCAGGAUGAAAUCCAUGAAUAAAGAAUGAUAGAAAUAAAUUUCUUUCAUGGGCAGUUCUUAUUGCAAAAGAAAAAGCAUAUAUUUGUUGAUUGCAUUUGGAUAUGAAUGAAUCAACAAUGUACCAUGAUUGGAGAAUGACAGCUGCCAUAUAGUACCUUGACAUUAAUGGAUAUAGUUUAUCUAAUGGUUCUUCUGAUUGUGUAUGAUAUGAGUUAUGGUCUAAAAGGUAUUGCAGAAGAUCUUGGAAGUUGGAGAAAACUACCUGGAUCAAGAGCCAAAAAUAUAAGCACAGAUUGAGCUAUAUGUUGUCAAUUGUGCUAAGCCCGUUCAAAAACACCUUGCCUCUCAUAUUGCUGCCUAUUCAGGACUUUGCUGAAGAAAGAAGUCACAAAUAUGUCCUACAUACUCAACAAAACCAGCCUGGAGUUGUGAUUUAAGUGUUAAGAGUAGGAUUUCAGGACACCAGUUUUCAAAUCCCUGUUUAGCCAUGGAAACCCAUUGAAUGCUCUUGGGGAAACACUCUCUCUGCCUUAGAGAAAGGUAGUCGCAACCACAUGACAAAUGCUGAACAGAUCUUGACAAAAACUCAUAUGUUUGUCAUAAGUCAGACACUAUUUGAAGGUGUGUAGCAGCAGUAUCUCCUUAAAACAUGCUUCUAAAAAUUGAGUUGGUUAGAUGUUUCAGGCGUCAGAUACAGAACCCCUGAUUUUACUGUGCAGAUGAUUACAAAGGAAAUCAUAGAACCAGUUUGAGUUUAGCUAAUGAUUUCACAAAUCACAGAGCACUGGUACACAUUAAAGGCUUUCUUUUGCAUGCUUUUAUGGAAGUUUGUUGUCUGGCCACCACAGUUUAAAGCUAGCUUGAAACUGCAUUAAAUUGUCAAUGUAGAUGGUACCUGAAUCCUUGGAUCUCUAGAGGGUGAAUAUGCUUCCCAGAAAAUGAUUAAAGGUAAAGUUGAAGGUUUCCCCUUGACGUUAAGUUUAGUCUUGUCAGACUGAGAGGGGUGGUGCUCAUCUCCAUUUCUAAGCUGAAGAGCAGGCGGUGUCCGUAGAGGCCUCCGAGGUCAUGUGUUAGAUAACUUGGUACUUCUAUAGUUAGAGGAAAAUUUAUGAAAAUCAGAAAAGAGUAGCAGUACUCUACCUCAUUAAUAUCCUUGCCUCUUCAAAGAACCAUACUUGCAACAGAGUAAAGUAAAGGGGAGCCCCCGGUGGCGCAGUAGGUUAAAGCACUGAGCUGCUGAGCUUGUUGAUCGAAAGGUUGCAGGUUCGAUUCCGGGGAGCAGCGUGAGCUUCCGCUGUCAGCCCUAGCUUCUGCCAACCUAGCAGUUCGAAAACAUGCAAAUGUGAGUAGAUCAAUAGGUACCGCUCCGGCGGGAAGGUAACGGCGCUCCAUGCAGUCAUGCCGGCCACAUGACCUUGGAGGUAUCUACGGACAAUGCUGGCUCUUCGGCUUAGAAAUGGAGAUGAGCACCACACCCCAGAGUCAGACAUGACUGGACUUAAUGUCAGGGGACUACCUUUACCGUUACCUAAAGUAAAGGUAAAGGUUUCCAUUCACAUUAAGUCUAGCUGUGUCCAACUCUGGGGGGUGGCGUUCAUCUCCAUUUCUAAGCCAAAGAGCCGACAUUGUCCGUAAAUGCCUCCCAGGUCAUGUGGUCAGCAUGAUUGCAUGGAGUGCCGUUAUCUUCCCGCCGGAGCGAUACCUAGUGAUCCACUGGCGCUAACAGUGGGAGCUCACCCCGCUCCAUGGAUUUGAACUGCCGACCUUUCAGUCAGCAAGUUCAGCAGCGCAACAGUUUAACCUGUUGCUCCACCAGGAGCUUCGGUGAUGAUUAUUUUUCCAAAUAUCACAUAUUCCCUUUCUAGGAUUUAGUUAUUGGUUCUUUACCCAUCUUUUCUGUGAAAGAGCAGGGAGAAGGCAAGACGGUUCUUCACCAUUUACUGCAUUCGUCUCAUCUCCCAUAUCACUUCUCUCCCCCUCAAAAUAAAAGUGUCAUUUUUAAAGACUUUUUUUCUUGUAUGUCUAUUGUCACAUUUAAUUGGGCUCACUCACAGAUGUAUUAGUUUCUUUUUAAGCGACAAAAUUUAUCUAUAAUCUGCAAUAUAAUAAAUAGUGUGCAAUUUGCCUUUUGCUUAAAUAAAAUGCAAUCAACUA